CUGGGGCCGCGUGUGGGCUCCUGGCGGGUCUCCAACUGAGACGAGUGUGGCCCCGAAAAGAGUUAGGAGUUUUUCUUGAAAGGUAUUGAACGCCCAGCAGGGGAUGUCGUGUGGCGGAAACCGCGACGAGAGGUGCCGGCUCUCAAGGAAGGUUUUGAGGCGGCCCCGAGGACGAUUAGGGCUCCACUCGGGGGAAAUCUGCUGUUAGAGGAAGUCCCCAAGCCCCUCGGGAGUCCCUGCAACGCCCUCUCCCCCGACUUGAAGUAGAGUGAGACGUGCAGGGCGUGGGGCGCUCGUCCAAACCCUGGCGGGACGCGCUGGGCCCGGCGAAGUAGUACCCGGGCGGCGCCGGGCGCGGCCAAGAUUGAACUUCGGACAGCCGGGCUGCUGGGGUGGGCUGGGCGGGUCCCGGAUAUGGGGGUGGUCGACCCCGGCACCGUCUCGCCCCUCCCCCGGCAGGCGUCCCAGGGGCCUCCGAGGGUGGCUGUCUUGGUGGUUUGGGAGUUAGUAUUUCAGCGCUGCAAUAUGGACACUUCCUGUUUGCCGCCUCCUUUGGGGCCGUGGUUAGCGCUGCCCUUCAGUCCUCUCCUUUUAGGCAGGAUGAGCGGUCUGCCGUAAAAGCCAGGUAGAAGGAGAUCGUGAGGGCGUAUGGGAGGCCCUUCACCCUUCUGAGUUCCAGCAGCAUGCCUGGAAUCCAGGAAGACGGUGCGAGUCCGGGGAAAGCGGCCAUGUGCGAAUUGUAAGAGUAAAUGGGUCCAGUAAUUGGAAUGACUUCAGAUAAGAGAGCUGAAACCCCAGGAGCUGAAAAAAUUGCAGGAUUAAGCCUGAUUUACAAAAUGGGAAGCUUGCCUGAAGCUGUUGAUGCUGCUAGGCCAAAGGCCACUCUAGUGGACAGUGAGUCAGCAGAUGAUGAACUCACAAAUUUGAACUGGCUUCAUGAAAGUACUAAUCUUCUAACAAACUUCAGCCUUGGAAGUGAGGGUCUUCCUAUUGUAUGUCCAUUGUAUGACAUAGAGGGAGAUGAUGUGCCAUCCUUUGAACCAUCUUGCUACCAGAAACCAGAAAAAAAAUCAGCAACUUCAAAGCCUCCUUACUCCUUUAGUCUUCUCAUUUAUAUGGCUAUUGAACACUCUCCAAAUAAAUGUUUACCUGUCAAAGAAAUUUAUAGCUGGAUUCUGGACCGCUUCCCAUAUUUUGCUACUGCACCAACAGGCUGGAAGAAUUCUGUUCGACAUAAUCUGUCCCUGAAUAAAUGUUUUCAGAAAGUGGAAAGAAGCCAUGGAAAGGUUAAUGGAAAAGGUUCAUUAUGGUGUGUGGAUCCAGAAUAUAAACCGAAUCUUGUGCAGGCACUGAAGAAGCAACCUUUUUCCUCAGCAUUAACAUUUUACACUCCUCCUGCAUCUCCACAAACUGGCUCUUUAUCACCUCACUACUUAAAUUCUGUACUAAAGCAGAACCAAGUGCGAACCCUCAAAGAGUCUGAUAUUGAUGCUGCCACUGCAAUGAUGCUUUUAAAUACUUCUAUUGAACAAGGAAUUUUAGAAUGUGAGAAGCCUCUUCCUCUUAAAACAGCACUGCAGAAAAAGAGGAGUUAUAGCAGUGCAUUUAAUCAUCCCAGUGCUAUGCAUUUACAAGAUAGUGAUUCUUUAGCCACCAGCAUUGAUCCAAAGGAAGAUCACAAUUACAGUGCGAGUAGCAUGGCUGCACAGCGUUGCGCAUCCAGGUCUAGCGUGUCUUCCCUGUCUUCUGUGGAUGAGGUAUAUGAAUUUAUUCCAAAGAGUAGCCACGUGGGAAGUGAUGGCAGUGAAGGAUUUCAUAGUGAAGAAGAUACAGACGUUGAUUACGAAGAUGAUCCUCUUGGAGACAGUGGCUACGUAUCACAGGCUUGUGCAGAUACCUCUGAAAAAGGGCAGCCAGGCAAAAAGAUGCGAAAACAGUCAUGUCAAGAAAUUGAUGAGGAGCUCAAAGAGGCAGCUGGAUCUCUACUCCACCUUGCUGGAAUUCGUACGUGUCUGGGUUCUCUAAUAAGUACUGCAAAGACACAAAAUCUGAAGCAGCGAAAAAAAUAGAAAUACUUUCUAGUGUGAAAUUAUUAAAGUGUGGCAAUAUUCUUCUACAUUAUUCUUUACAAGGGAUAUCAAAGCCAUAAUGGAUUUCUUUAGUUUGGGGGUGGGGGAGGGGUGCUAAUUACUUGUUUCUUUCAAAACAUUUUUGUUUUAUUUUUAUUAAAUAGUUGCUGUUAGGAUCAUGUCCAAUCAUAAACAUAUGAUGUGAAGUCCUAAAAGCCUAGUUUUUGUGAUAAGUGUCUCCAAGAUUUGGGAAUUUUUAUAUAAGAAAAUCCCCAGCCUCUGUCUUAAAAUUGUAGGAAAAAUCUUUUCUUUUAUUAAUGUCAAAAUGUGAGAAUUAGCAACUCUUUAAGUCUUUUCAUUUUGUUUUUCCAAUCUGUAAUUAAUGAUAGUCAGUGAUCCAGCUAAAAUUUUUGCUGAUAUCUUUCUCAAAUACUCCCCUGACACACGUGAUCCAGUAAGAUAAGAUGCGGAUUUUUAUUUUGUCUUAGUUUUUAUUUUAAUUAUUUUUUUGUUGAGGCAUGAACAAAGUCAGUAUAAGUUGGAAAAAAUCCUAGAUGUACAGAAAGUUCUUUUUGGUUUAGAUAAAGAAUACAACAAAGAGUUCUACGAUUUAGAAAAUGCAAUUUGUGAUGUAAUUUUUAUCUAAGACCACUCCAAUUCCUAUUACAAUGUUAUCUUUGAAUUUUUUUUACUUCACAGAUACUACGUAGCAUUUAUUGGGGCCCUUUGUUCUUUCCCAAAGUUCUUUACAACCACUGUUUUACGUUUUAGGCACUGGCUGUCAUUGUUCAGUAGAAACUGUCCAGUGAAAGGAGAUAGCCAUGGAGUGUAUUUAUGGAGUAACACCCAUUUUGACAAUUCAUUUUUGCAGUAACAGAAUCUUUCAUUUGCUCGUUAAAUGUACUGCAUUCUAAGACUCUUGGAAUGGAGUAUAAUCUAAAAUAAACAUUUUGAAUGCUUAUUACUUUUGUCCUCAUAAAUAAAAGUAAUUCAUUUAGGAAAAAAACUUCUCUCCAAGCUUUAUGUGAAUUAAAUUUGUAUGUAUACCUAAUUACAAUGGAUUUAACAAAACUGUAGAGACAAUACCUUCAUGGAGUUCAAAAUUCAUAUAAAAUUAAAUCAUAUGCAAUGCAUUUUGGGGGGAGAUAGUGUAAUACCUAUAUGUGCCAUUAAUCCUUGUUAAAAGAUUGUAUAUUACUGUUUCAAAAGUGCAUUGACUGAGGUGUUUUAAGUAUUUGGACAAAUCUACUUGUGUAAAAUAUGUUCUCAUAAUUUCAUUUGUAUAGUUUCACUAUAUUAGUUAGAAAGAACAGGGAAUAUUAGUAAAACUAAACAAUUUUAUAUUUUUCUGCUGUGAUGGAAGCAAGUUUCUUAAAGUCUUACCUCAUGCUACACCCUGUUUCAUAGUCAGUAACUUUGUUUUCUUUUGGUGAUUUCCUAUAUCUGUACACACACACACACGCACACACACACACACACACACAGAAUCCAGCUCAUGAUGUUGGUUUGCUGCUUUCAGCUGUUUCUACAACUAAAAAGCAUUUUCUUGUUUUUUUUUUUAUUUUUUUAAUAGCAACUAAAAUUCCUACUUUACUCUUGAAUUUUAUUUGGACAAAACCGUAAAAUGAAAAACAAAAUAUCUUUUUUAAUUUACAAGACAUCAAGCCAGGAAUAACAGCAUCAGUAUUCUCUGUCUGUUUUCAUGUUAAUUGUAAUUGGACCUGGAUAGCCACAUUAUAAUAGGGUUGGUGCUGUUAAAGUAUAGUAAUUGUUGAUAAUGAAAAAUUGUCCUUAAACAAGGAGGAUGAGGUAUUUGGAUUUUUUUAUUCUUCAUAUAUGCCACAUCGACUACCCAAAGAAAUUGCAAAUCCAGGUUAACAUAUUUUACUGUAGGUAGUGAGUAUAAAACCAAUAAAUGCUUUUAUCACAGUAUAAAUAGUAAAUAGAUUAUAAAAAUCAUUUAAAUAACAAUAUUUCCACCUACAUUUUAAAAUUCUUUACCAUGACCCCCUGGAUAGACCUUAGUAACAGUGUUUCAUUGAUCUGGUUCCAGUUUAUUUUGUUGUAUUGAAAUUCUGUACCACAAAUAUUCUCCCUGGUUCCUGUCUAUUAGAUAAUUUUUGAAGUAGAGGAGAAUGAUCUGAGAUAAAGACGGGGAAGAGUCAUUCCCAGCUGUAACAGGGAUUUCAAAAUUAUUUUAUCUUAACAUAAGUAAUGAUUACUCUUUAAAUUUCUUGAUUUUCUUUCCCUCUUUGUGCACUCUUAUUACAAAUAAAAAUAUUUAAGUUACUUUCAUCAGUAACAAGAAGGAUAAACACUUGUGCACUAAAAGCUAACAGGGUGAAGCUACACAAUAUUUUAUACUUAAUUCUUACACACAAUUCAGUGCUUGACUUCCUGUUUGCUAAUAUACCAAGACAGAUACUUCCAAAGAUGAAGAACCUUUGUAAUUACACAAUCUUUAUCCUCCUAUUACUUCCAUAAAGAUUAUGAUCCCAUUUCUCAGGUGUGUUGAGAAACAUGGCUGAUAACCACUCAAUUAAGGAAAGUCAUUCCAAGUCCAAUAGACUGGAAAUUGUAUUUCCAAUAAUAUAUUAAUAACAAAUUUUACUGUAAUAAAAACAACUUGGAAACCGUAGAGAGGCUACCUAUAUGGGGAUUUUGAAACUGUGAUUUGAGUUAACCUAUAAUUUGCCUUAUAUCAAAUAAUAUAAAUUGUGUAGCAACUGAUUCCAGUUCGUAACAGAUCCCUAGUAAAAGAUUUGAUUCAGCACAAUUAAUCUUCAUCUGUCACAUCCCGAAUAGAAUCAGUGUUUUUGAACAUAUGUUUUUGAAAUUUAUUUGUGCAAUAUAUUACUAAAUUAGUUAAUAUUUUAUUUUACUUUUGAAAUUCAGAAAAUGAAAACCUAUAUUCAUGGAAAAGCUAACUAUUGGUAAGCCACCUCCUUUUUUCCACCUUUGAGCCUUUUUGUCCCCCUUAUAGCCAGCAUGAUGUCUCUUAAUUUAGAAUCCUUUGUAUCUAGUAAAGUUCAGUGUGUAUGUGUGUGUAUAUAUGUGUGUGUGUGUGUAUAUAUACACACACACUUUUUUUUUUUUCUUUUGCUGCUUUCUAAGGCUUUACACAAAGGGUUUAUGCUGGAGGGUCAGUUGAGUAUAUGUUAGCACGAAUUCAAAACUUUAGAAGUGUUGAGGGAAUGUAUGUAUCUUGGUAAAGCAGGAGGCCUUUCUCAGCAAUUUAAGCAACAGAUUGACUACUUCACAAAGCUGUAGAGACUAUCAUCUUAAAUAGUGCAGUAAUUUAGCAACCCUUUGUGGAAACCAUAGCAUUUAAUUAUGAAAUUUUGAGGCUUUCUGGUUUGCAUAUAUUUUAUGGUUUUUUGUUAGUUCGAAAUGUGUAAGCUUUGAUUAAAACGAAGUUUACUUCAGUGUUAAUGAUGUCAAAAUAUUUAUUGAAAGGCAAAGUCGAGUAUUUUAAUGUUACACCUGCCAUUUUUUUCUUACAGCACAUUCUUUGCAUCUAACUGCCAGUGCCAUUGCCAAACCUUUGUUUUUAAAUUGUAUAUUUCUUAUUAAACUAAGUGCUUAAUUUUUAAAGUAUUAUGUUGCCAUCAUAUAGUGUAUAAAAUGUAUAAUUGCCAAUUCAUUGUAACUGUUAUUUAUUUUUGAAUGGAAGUGUAAGAAUGCUUUCUAACUCAAGAUAUUUGAGUCAUUAAAAUGUUUCCUUAUCCUCCUUUCUGAUGUAGCAUAAAAAUUGUCCUGAAUUUGAUUUGUAACUGCCAGUAGAUGACUCCCAGUCAUGAGGGAACCACUUAUCAGUUGCCGGUCUUUUGCUCAUAUUAAAAGCAACUUACAAAUGUUUAGGUUUUGUAUCUAAUCUCUGAUUAUUAAAAUGUUUAUACAAUUUAUUUUUACCAAAGAGAUGCAAUUCAUUAUGAUAAAAUAUUGCAGAAUAAACUUUGUUUUAUAA